AAGCCCCUUGUGAUAUCCAACCAGAUGGUCCAGGACUACUCGCAGAACCGCGUCGAUACCCUGCACAUGAAGAACUCGCUGCACCUCGGAGAAGAUCGAUACCUUAUCACGCUCCUUCUGAAGCACUUCUCUCUGCACAACAAUACCCGAUUCGUUCAUGACGCUCAUGCGUUUACCGUAGUGCCUGAUGGCUGA